CAGACCACUUCAGUCUGAGCCGCGACAGUUUGAGACACGUACCCUUCUGCCCGCCAUUCGCACACGUCAAAAACACAAAACACAAUUUCCACCCCACCCCUCUUUUAUUUCACCCAAGCAGAACAAGGAGAAGUCCCAUUUCCCCCUCAGAAAUAUUCUGCCUCUCCCCGGAACCAACUCCUUGUUUUAGCAAAUAACCACUUUACAGUCAUUUACCCUAUUUUUUUAAUUGCAUUCAUUUACCUGUGCAGUGAAACCCACUUUGGUAACGGUGGAUCCCAAACGCGUUACGAGACGGUUUCCCUUCUCCUCCUCUUCACCACGCCCUUCACUUCCCACACCCUUGCCCAAUCACUACCAUCACCACCACCAUCACCGGCAUUACCACCACCGUUACAACCCAUAAGACACGUAUAUUGUAGUGCCCACGGUGAACCAGCAAGUGAAGAGUUGAAUAAAAGUGACUGAACAACGACGACCUCUGCAGAUCGGUCACAGCUCUUCGUAUUGGUGUAUGGUGAAGUUUUGUGCAGCUUCCGUCAACGAAAAUAAUACAAAUAUUAUUACUACAACUGUGAAAACAAAAGCUGAUUGUGCUGUGUUUUAAAACAACGAAUAUAUAUAUAGAUUUUGAUUUCUCUGUUCUUAACGAAAAAACAAACAAGCACUCUUGUUGCCACCGUGUGAUUAUUACGUCGUGACAUCAUCAGGAACCAACCUUGUCUUUGUACCUCCCUCUCUUCCGGUCCGGUGCCUCUCUAUCCACGUAUUGUGUGGCCUGACGUCACUACCGAUACCAGUAGUGGCGGCACUUCCUUCCACCUCAUUCAGUUGCUCUUGUGUCGUGUUGAGUGCGAGUGGGCAAGUGUAUCUGGUCGGUACUGCUCGCGAUUAUAUAUUGUAAUAUCAAGAAAUUCGCUGCCGAGCGAUUCUGAACAAGGGAAGGAGUGCUACGCUGUCAGUGUUUCACGUGUGUACGGGCGGGCAUUGUGAAUCCGCCUGGCUGCUUGCGUACUGCUGCCGGCUUUAACGAAGCCCUGCACGCGAGUAACAUUUAAUGACACUGAAUAUCAACUUCUUAAGACACAAGACAUAUUUGCAGUGACAUAGUUGUAUGUUCAUUUGCUUUUAAAGUAGCUUUUUGAGAGAAACUGUUCCGUUCCUGCUUACAUAUCACAAAAAGGGCCCGUGUCAGUGCGUAAGGCGUUUUUAACCCCCGGAGCUGUUCUAUAUUUUUGCACAAAAAAAAAAAAAACCUCCCUUCUUCCGUGUUGUGAUUUUUUAAAGUGGAGACAAGAAAGGAAAAGUGCUGAGUUCGAUAUCCCAUCAGAACAGAAAUAACAUUUACAUUCAGAAAUCGUGGAGGCCUACUACAGCACGACGAAAAGAAUUCGCGAGCAUCCGAUAGGAGGAGGCAACCUGUCGCCGCCACUACCGCCGCCGCUGCCGCCUUCUGCUGCCCCAUCACCUGCCUUCAAGCGCCAGCGCCGGGACUCAGCGUCGCCCCCAACCGUCCUCCCACAACAGAACUGCUCCUUGUCACCAGAUUCCAGGAUGAGCAUCAGUACAACAGGCAUGGAGGCCCCCAACGCACUUAGCCAGAGCAUGGACUCCGUGAACACCGUCACAGGAGAGGAAGAGGU